UGUCAACUUCCGGUUGCCACCGAAAUUUACUUUUUAUUUUAUUUUUGGCUGUUUCAUUAUUGAAUUUAGUUUUCUGUUGGGAUACAGACAACCUAGAACUUUAUGAUUUAGUCGAAGAAGUGAACGAAAACUUUUAUGAUGUCUUAGGUGUAACAAGGAGUGCAUCAAACAGUGAAAUCAAGAAGGCUUACAGAAAGAAGACAUUGAUUUUACAUCCUGACAAGAAUGAAGCUGUAGAUGCAGAAGAACAGUUUAGAAAGCUUGUGGCUGUGUAUGAAACAUUGAAAGAUGAAGAAAAAGAGAGAAAAGUAUAAUCAUGUACUUGACUUUGGUUUGCCUGACUGGAGACAGCCUGUGUAUUACUAUAGAAAAGCUCGUAAACUUGGACUCCUUGAGUUGGCCUUGGUACUAUGUCUCAUUGUAACUAUAGGUCAAUACUUUGUUAUGUGGGCAGUCUACCUGGAGAGAAGAUUAGCCUUGGAAGAUUUUUUCGAAUCAAAGAAGAAAAAAGAGACAAAGAAAAAGAAAUGUAAAGCAGUUGUACUGAAUGAGCAAUUAGAAGAGGAUAUGAUGGAAACUCUACGAUCUAUCCCCAAACCUAAUCUCCGUAACCUGUGGCCUAUUACAGUAACUAUAUGGACCUUUAAAACGUUGGUUGCUCUACCAACGAUGGUGAAGGAAUGGCAAGAGAAGAAAAGACUGAUGAAAGAAUGGGAGAAACUCAAGAAAGAAGAGAGGGAGAGACAGGAAGCAGAAUAUAAAGAGGAAUUGGAAUUGAGGAAACAGAAACGUAAGAAUAAACCUGAACCACGUAUUGCGGAAGCUGUCGAAGCUGUCCCUGCUCCUGUUGUUUAUGGUGAUCUGACUAUACAAGAACAAGACACUGGGGAUACUUACAAACAAACUGUCAAAGAUGGAGCAUGGACAGAUGAGGAUUAUGUUAUGUUAUCUAAAGCUUAUAUCAAAUUCCCUGGGGGAACUGCCAAACGAUGGGAGAAAAUUGCUGAGAUGGUCGGUAGACCAGUUGGGGAGGUUACAAACAAGUGUAAACAGAUGAAGGGAAAUUUUCAGAUGAAUCUCAGCUCUUCUGUUCAAGCUGGAACCAAAAACUCAAAGAAGCAAAUAGAAAUUAGUGAUGAAAUCAUCUCUACUCUAGGUACUGAGAAAACUGGACCUCCAAAGGGUGAUAAUGAUGUCACUGUGAGGAAAAGAAAUAAAAAUAAACCUCAAAGUGAUUCUGUAGGCAAUACUGUUUCUAUAAAUAGUACCAGUGUAGAGACUGGUUCCAAAGUUUCUAGUCAGAAAUUAGUUAUACAAAUUAAAGCAUCUGAAAACAAGUCUAAAAUGACAAAUGGUGCUGCUGCUGCUAACGAUAAAACUGUUAAAGAGGAGAAGAGUAAAAACAAUAAGAAAUCUGAGGAAACUCCAGAUGAAAAAGGAUCCGAUGCAGAGGCCUGGUCUCAGAACCAGCAAGUGAUUCUAGAAUGGGCUUUAAAACAGUACCCCAAAACUACUGAGCAGCGAUGGGAGAAGAUUGCUGAGCAUAUACCUGGGAAAAAUAAGGAUAAUUGUAUCAGUAGAUUCAAGUAUCUGGCAGAACUUGUGAAAAUAAGAAAACAACAACAA